AUGCGGCGACGCCGGGCUUCCAGAGUUCCGGCUUAUCACUGGCCGCGCACUAACGUGGCUGACAGCUUUGCAAUCGACACCGGAGCUGUCAUCCUUGCCCUCGACACGAUCCGCGAUGGUGAAGCUGUGCCGAUCAAGGUGGCUCGCGACACCAAGGUAUACAUCAUCUCUCCCGGGAGCCGUGUCCCGCUUCCCGAGCUCCCUCCGGACUUCUUCGAGAUGACGGCCGCCGAGCUGGCGCGCGAGCAGCAGAUGCGCAAGGAGCAAGCCGAGAGGAUGACGACGCUGCGCACGCGUGAGAUGAGAGAACGAGACGCCACCCUGCGCAACUACAAAUACAAGUACACGCUGAUCCGUUUGCGCUUCCCGGAUCGCCUAAUUCUACAGGGCACCUUUGGCGUCUACGAACCGGUGCGAGCCAUUCGCGAAUGGGCUUCGAAGCACGUCGCUCACCCGGCGGUCCCCUUCAGUCUACAGUCUGCUAAUACCGUCCUAUCCAACGACGAAGCGCAGCUCGGCCAGGCCGGCCUGGCCCCAUGCGCCGUCAUUCAUCUUGACUGGGCUGAAGCCAUCGACGGGCCAUCUCUCGAGGAGACUCUACUGGCCCAAGUCGAACCGCUCGACCCC